AUGUCCUCUGAUCCGAGCCAACAGUCCACUGGCACCAUGCCGAGAGCCGACCAAUCCUCCCCGGUGCGACAAUGCUUCAUCUGCCUGCUCGACUCGACCGAGACGCCCGAAAAUGAAGACUGGGUGAACCCCUGCCCGUGCACCCUCGAGGCGCACCAGAGCUGCAUGCUCCGCUGGGUAGCAGAGAUGGAGGCCGUCGGCGGCGCGAACCGCAGCCGAGGCCGCCGCGCGAGUACCCUGCAGUGCCCGGCCUGCAAGGGCAGCAUACAGGUGUAUGAGCCCUUUGACCCGGCGCUCUGGCUGAGGGACCGCUUGCUGCGGACGUACAGCGCCGUGUCGCCCGUCCUGCUCGUGUGUUUCGUCGGCGGGUCGACGUUUGGCGCCAUGGUCAAGUUUGGCGACUUUUCCGUCGCCACGUUUGCAGGCAGCUUCUCCGCGGUGCGCAAGUGGCGGUUGGAUGGCAUCCAGAGGCCGCUGGAUCCGAGGUGGUUUGCUACAUCUGCCGGGCUUAGGUUUGCCACGGUCCACAUGUUCAAGCUCUGGGCGCUUGCCUCUAUAGGACCUGCCUUGAUUAUACAAAGGGCUUUCUCCGGUAUCGACUCUUUGCUGCUGCCGGUUUCCCUGGCGUCGAGUGUUGUGAUGACUGCCAAGGACAACGUCCCGCAUUGGCCACCAAGCCCCGAUUGGGCCUUGACCGCCAUGCCGGCAGUCAGCCUUUGCUACUCUCACGUUUACUACAUGUUUUUUGGUCGGUUCGAAAAGAGGCUCAACGCCGCAAUUCGUGGCAGGAACCCAGACGCGCCUCAGGAGGAGGCUCAGGUGGAGCAGCAGGAGGAUGAUCAAGAUCAGCAAGGGCCACAAGAGCCCGGGCAACGUCGUCGCAAUGAUGGAGACCGCGGUGUUAAUGUCUGGGAGGCAGGUCUAGGCAGGAUGAUGGCGCACGCGGUAGCGUUGGUCUUUGGUUUAGGUGAUGAGGGUGCGCAGGACGGGGAAGGGCGUGACGAUGAUGACGAACGCCUCGAGAUCGAACUCGAAAUUAAUUUGCAAGUCCGGGAUGGAGAAGAAGAAGUUCAGGAAGCUCCGCAGGAUCAGAUGGCGAUAGCUCGGGCUCCCGCUGGAAAUGAGCCAGAGCCCGCCGCCAAUGAUGGAGCCUUGCCCAUUGCCGCAGAAGUCGAGCCUGGGCAAGAGCCUCAGGUCCCGGCUGAAAACGCCGCUCCGCAACCACAAGUGCCCGGCGCAGAUCAAGCCGCUGCCCAAGAGGCGGCCGAUCCCCCGCCCCCAAUCCAGCCGGCACGGCAGCCACAAGCUCAACAAAACCAAGCAGCCGAGCAGCCGCGCCAACGCCGCGUUGAAGGAGCCGGGAUCAGCACGUGGUCCAGGAUAAUCAACGGCACCGUGUCUGCCCUGCUCAUGCCGCAGAUAUCCUUCGCCAUGGGCGAGGCCCUCCGUCUGACACUACCUGCGCGCUGGGUCAGCAAGCAAGGUGAAUCCAAGGGGCUUUUGCAGCACACUUGGGGCCGGAGUCUGGUCGGCACGUGUCUCUUCGUCGUGCUGCGGGACGCGGUGUCGUUGUACGUCAAGUACAGGCGGGUGCAGGCGAUCAAGAACCGCACGGUGAAGAAUUUUGACCCUACCGUUGGUGCUGUGGGGGCUGGAUCUACAGCUUGA